UGUUUCCAGGCUCCAGCUCUCAGUUUCUGGCAAGCCGUGUCUCUCGGGACAGCGGUCCUGGUUCAGCUGACCGCGGGAACCAUCUAUAUGUUUCGCUAAACGGACCGCAGGUACUGUAUUCUGUACGUCUAACCGUUGAGGUUUGUGGGAGGGACUGCGUUCAGUACGAAACAUUUUUGGGAGGCUUGCAACCCGUCUGCAAUGGCUCUAGUUUGUCGGGACCGGUGCUGGGGUGGCUUCCUACUCCUCUUGCCUGCUUGGCGUCAUACAUGGGUCUCAAACAACCGCACCACGUCUCUGCAGAGUUUUGGUUGGUACAGUAGGAAUGCGAAGCGCCCGGGGGCCGAUCUUCCUCGCAGAGGGUAUCGUCAUUGCUACCGAAUACACGCUAAUCAGGUAAGACGUCCAAAUGUAAUAAAUUUGCUUAACAAAAUCAAUGAACUCUGUCUAGUGCGACGUAUGAACCUGGAAUCACUUCAUACUGGUCGCUUCAUUCUUUCCACUCAUUGGUAUUGGAAGGUAUCUGAAACCCAUCACGUUGCUCAUGAUGAGAACGAUGCCGAACAUCAGGACUUCCCUCAUCUGCUUACAGCGCGAUGGGCUACCACGGCUCAUCGCGACCAACGUGCGCAACUGGCCAGCAUCAAGGAAGGGGUUAGCGAUCGGAGUUCCCGUCAGCGCCUUUGGGCUCACCGCCUCGUUCUUCGCCGUCAUUGCUUCUGUGCUUUUCUACGCCAAAGACGGCCUCCAGAUUUCCCUACUGAUGCUUUUUCCAGCCUGUGCGAUAGGAACUGCUGCACUCGCUGUGCUAUCGCUCAAGGAUCAUACGGAUGAUAUCGCUAGGGCCGAGUCGGCACCGGUUCUCGACGAGCACGUAGAAGGACAGAUGCACAUAGCAAUG